UUCCCUCUCCCUCUCUCUCUCUCUGAUAUCUUCUUGUUUCUUACAUUUAUCACUCGGACCUUUUUCUUCUUUUUUUUCAGUUACAACUCAGACUUUUUAUCAGUAAUCUAAUGUGAGUACUUUAAAAUCAUCUCAUUCAUGAAUUGUAGGUUGGUGAACCGCCAUAGCUCUUGACUUGUCUGCUCUUAGCUUCAAUUAAGAUCAAAUCUGAGCCGAACCCAUUUGUUGUUACUCAAAAAGAACCCGACCCAGAUCUGAGUUACUGUGAUUACGAUGAAUCAGGUGAAGGAGGAGAUUAUUAUGGAGGCGACCACCACCAUGGCUGCUCCACUGCCAAUGGAGGGGCUUCACGAAGCUGGUCCACCGCCGUUUCUGACAAAAACAUACGACAUCGUCGACGAUGUUUCCACCAACCACAUAAUUUCGUGGAGCCGAGGUAACAAUAGUUUCGUUGUCUGGGAUCCACAGUCUUUCUCCAUGAGCCUCCUUCCCAGAUUCUUCAAACACAACAAUUUCUCCAGCUUCGUCAGACAGCUUAACACCUAUGGAUUCAGAAAGGUUGAUCCAGAUAGAUGGGAAUUUGCCAAUGAAGGGUUUUUGAGAGGACAAAAGCAUCUUCUGAAGAACAUAAGGAGAAAGAAAACACCUCAACAACAACAACAGCAACAUCAUAAUCAUCAUCAUCAAGCUCUAGAUCCAUGCGUGGAAGUAGGGAGGUUCGGGCUCGACGGAGAGAUCAACCGGCUCCGGCGAGACAAGCAGGUUCUCAUGCUGGAACUGGUAAAACUCAGACAACAACAACAAAAUGCUAGAACCCGCCUUCAACAAAUGGAAUGUAGGCUCAAGAAAACCGAACAGAAGCAGCAGCAAAUGAUGAAUUUCUUAGCUAGAGCUAUGCAAAACCCUAACUUUGUUCAGCAGUUAGUUCAGAAGAAAGAAUGGAAGAAGGAACUUGAAGAAGCAAUUUCACACAAAAGAAGAAGAACUAUCGAUCAAGGACCUAGUAAUCGUGGUAAUGUUGAGUUCAUGGGCCAAUUAGAAUGCCCAGAUUUCGUUGAACUUGAAGAUAAUAUUAUUGCUGCUGAUGAUCAUGCUGCUCAGGAUUUGGAUUUGAUUGGAAAGUUAGAGGAAGAACAUCAUAAUGAGGUUGUCCAAGUUGGAAGUGAAAAUAUUAAUAAUAGAGAGAAAGAGAUUGAUGAUCAAGUGUUUUGGCAAGACUUGUUGGACGAGGAUAUUGAAGAAGUUGUACGAGGCUUCGAGGAAGACGAAGAAGAUGUUGAUGUGUUGGCCGAACAACUUGGUUAUUUAGCCUCUAAUAAUCGUCCUCCUCCGUAAAUAAUUGAUUAAUAUUCUCAUGAUUUAAUUUCUUCUUCCAUAUCAAUCCAUGGGCCAACUCUUCUUAAUUA